AUGACUGGAGAACUUGUUUUUACAAAGAAGAUCAUGACCACGCUCUCCAACCUUUAUAAAGCUUUCAACGUAGAAUACCACUCGAAGAAUCGCAACCGUUACUUUUCAAACAAAGCACAGAAAGAUGGGUUUGAUGAAAUAUCGAAGCUCUAUGGUGAGAUUGCCAAAAUACAAGAAGACCACUGCCAAAUGCUCUUGACAAUGAUCAAGUCGUUUUGGGAAGAGAAGCCAUCUUUGGACAUGAAAAUGGAUAAUGAGCAACAGACUGACUUUGGUUCUGUAUGCAACAAUUUGAAGGCAUCCAUUGCGAGUCAAAUGUAUGAGUAUUCUAUCAUGUACCCAGCCUUCAUUAAAGAAGCUGAACUUGAACACUAUUAUGCUGAAGCUGGAAAACUCCAAACGUUUCAAAUUGAAGAAGUUUUAAUCAGACAGCGACAAGAAAAAAUAGUUCAAUUGCUAUCUGAAGGAAAUGUAUGUGACAGAACCCCUGAAAAGUUUUGGGCUUGCAAAAACUGUGGAUCAUUACAAUGUUGCACAAUAAACCCAGCAGCAUGUUCUUCGUGUUCUUCUGUUUCCGAGUUUAUUGAAUUGACUGUUGCAAUUUAA